AUUGGACGGCUGAGUCUGGCUACACGGGCCUCCGCGGGAGCGCGGCCGGGCCAAUCAGGAGCUUGGCGUAUUUUACAAACUGAGGAAGUAGCUCCAGCAGUAUCCGAGAGAGUCAGGCGAAAAGCGGAGGAAGCUGGGUCGGCCCUGAGGGGCUCUCGGUAAGCCAUCAUGACCACCCGGCAAGCCACGAGGGAUCCCCUCCUCCGGGGUGUAUCUCCUACCCCUAGCAAGAUUCCGGUACGCUCUCAGAAACGCACUCCUUUCCCCACUGUUACAUCGUGUGCCCUGGACCAGGAGAACCAAGAUCCAAGGAAAUGGUUGCAGAAACCACCGCUCAAUAUUCAACGCCCCCUCGUUGAUUCAGCAGGCCCCAGGCUGAAAGCCAAGCACCAGGCAGAGACAUCACAAAGAUUGGUGGGGAUUCCUCAGCCUCGGAACCCCUUGGAGGAGCUCAGGCCUAGCCCUAGGGGUCAAAAUGUGGGGCCUGGGCCCCCUGCCCAGACAGAGGCUCCAGGGACCAUAGAGUUUGUGGCUGACCCUGCAGCCCUGGCCACCAUCCUGUCAGGUGAGGGCGUGAAGAGCUGUCACCUGGGGCGCCAGCCUAGUCUUGCUAAGAGAGUACUGGUUCGAGGAAGUCAGGGAGGCACCACCCAGAGGGGCCAGGGUGUUCGGGCCUCUGCAUAUUUGGCCCCCAGAACUCCCACCCACCGACUGGACCCUGCCAGGGCUUCCUGCUUCUCAAGGCUGGAGGGACCAGGACCUCGAGGCCAGACUUUGUGCCCCCAGAGGCUACGGGCUCUGAUUUCACCUUCAGGACCUUCCUUUCACCCUUCCACUCGCCCCAGUUUCCAGGAGCUAAGAAGGGAGACAGCUGGCAGCAGCCGGACUUCAGUGAGCCAGGCCUCAGGAUUGCUCCUGGAGACCCCAGUCCAGCCUGCUUUCUCUCUCCCUAAAGGAGAACAUGAGGUUGUCACUUGCUCAGAUGAAGGAGCUGUGGCCUCUCUUGGUCUGGCCCAGCGAGUACCAUUAAGAGAAAACCGAGAAAUGACACAUACCAGGGACAGCCGUGACUCCCACCUGAUGCCCUCCCCUGCCCCUGUGGCCCAGCCCUUGCCUGGCCAUGUGGUGCCAUGUCCAUCACCCUUUGGACGGGCUCAGCGUGUACCCUCCCCAGGCCCUCCAACUGUGACCUCAUAUUCAGUGUUGCGGCAUCUCACCAUUCAACCUAAAACCCGAUUCACGCCCAUGCCAUCAACCCCCAGAGUUCAGCAGGCCCGGUGCCUAAGUGGUGUUUCCCCUCAGUCCUGCUCUGAAGAUCCUGCCCUGCCCUGGGAGCAGGUUGCCGUCCGGUUGUUUGACCAGGAGAGUUGUGUAAGGUCACUGGAGGGGUCUGGGAAACCACCUGUGGCCACUCCUUCUGGGCCCCACUCUAACAGAACCCCCAACCUCCAGGAGGUGAAGAUUCAACGCAUCGGUAUCCUGCAGCAGCUGUUGAGACAGGAGAUAGAGGGGCUGGUAGGGGGCCAGUGUGCCCCCCUUAAUGGAGGCUCUUCUCUGGAUAUAGUUGAACUUCAGCCCCUGCUGACUGAGAUUUCUAGAACUCUGAAUGCCACAGAGCAUAACUCUGGGACUUCCCACCUUCUGGGACUGUUAAAACGCUCAGGGCUGCCAAAGCCCUGCCUUCCCGAGGAGUGCGGGGAACCACAGCCCUGCCCUCCAGUGGAGCCUGGGCCCCCAGAGGCCGUCUGUAGGAGUGAGCCUGAGACACCAGAGCCCUCCCGCCAGGAACAGCUUGAGGUACCAGAGCCCUGCCCUCCCGCAGAACCCAGUCCCCUUCAGCCCAGCACCCAGGGGCAGUCUGGACCCCCAGGGCCCUACCCUAGGGUAGAGCUGGGGGCAUCAGAGCCCUGCACCCUGGAACAUAGAAGUCCAGAGUCCAGUCUACCACCCUGCUGCAGUCAGCGGGCUCCAGCAACCACCAGCCUGAUCUUCUCUUCCCAACACCCGCUUUGUGCCAGCCCGCCUAUCUGCUCGCUCCAGUCUCUGAGAACCCCGGCAGGCCAGGCAGGCCUCAGCAGUCUGGCCCCUCGAACCCUAGCCCUGAGGGAGCGCCUCAAAUCGUGUUUAACCGCCAUCCACUGCUUCCAUGAGGCUCGUCUGGAUGAUGAGUGUGCCUUUUACACCAGCCGAGCCCCUCCCUCAGGCCCCACCCGGGUCUGCACCAACCCUGUGGCUACAUUACUCGAAUGGCAGGACGCCCUGUGUUUCAUUCCAGUUGGUUCUGCUGCCCCCCGGGGCUCUCCAUCAUGAGACAACCACUCCUGCCCUACCGUGCUUCUUCCUUUUAGCCCUUAUUUAUUGUCGGUCUGCCCAUGGGACUGGGAGCCGACCACUUUUGUCCUCAAUAAAGUUUCCAAAGUA